CUCGCUGACACAGUGGUACACACUGAUUCAGCGGCCAAAGGCCACCCUGGUGUAUCCUUCACCUUUAACUAAACAACAACAAAAAUAAGAUGUCUAAGUUAGAGAUGUUAAAUUCGUAUCUGAUGGAGCGGCUGGCUGUGACUGUUCGGGAGAUUCUGGAGGCGGUGGAAGCCGCGGUAACGGACUACCGCACAGAGACUGCACAGACACGCAUCGAAAACGAAAACCUCAAACAGCAACUCCGAGAGGUUCUCACUACACUGCGAGACCCAGUUCAAAGGUCCUCCAAAUCUGGCUCAGAAGAAAUCUCGCCAUGUGGGCAACAGGAGUGGGCCUCAAGCCUGGAGGACCAAGCGGAAUCUCUAGAAGUGAACCAGACACAAGUGCUAAAUGAUUGUUCAGUCGGGAAGAAGAGGCCACGGACACUAGACCUGGCACCGGUUUGCAAAAACGACCCGGAUCCCGAGGUGAAAAUACUCAAUGUGGACUUGAGUGCAGAGAAUUCCCCUUCUGCGAACACAGAUGAGAACAACCUUCAAGAAAUUAUGUUGCCCGUUGUAAAACUGCACAGGGUGAAGCUCGAACAAGAAGAGAAGCAAAUUCCAGUAUCAUUACCCGACACUGACCUUCCUACAGACUCGGGUCAUUCGUACAGCCCUGAAUCCUCUCAGAGCAUGCUCAGUCCCAGCACAAGCAGACUUGAUAAUGCCUUGAUCCCAGAGGUGACCGAGAGACAAGAGCUCCACAACACGGCUCAGCCGAAUCAGACGAUGAGCAUGGAGAACGUGAGUAAAGAGGUCCACGGUGAAGUGCUGUAUAAAUGUUCACAUUGCCGAAAGUCAUUCACAGAACUGAAAAAUCUACAGAUGCACCAGCAAGCUCAUGAGCGAGCCUUCGGCUGCAACUGGUGCGGCAAGGGCUUCUACCAGUCCGCUGACCUUCGGCGCCACUUGCGCACACACACUGGAGAAAGGCCCUACUUAUGUACCUGGUGCUCCAAGAGCUUUAGCCAGAGGAGCAACCUGAGGCGACACAUGCGUAUUCACACAGGAGAGAGGCCAUACCGGUGCGCCCACUGUGAGCGCAGCUUCAGUGACAGCCACACGCUGAAGAAACACCAACGCAAACAUUACGACGAGCGCUACAAUUGCUCGCUCUGUGACCAGAACUUCACUGUGGCCAGGUCACUGCAGCUUCACCUGGUAAAGCAGCACCUCAUUGACAAAGACAGUCAAAGUCAACAGCAAGUGGGCUUUCGGAAUCAAACAUAGACUAUACGUCUCCUCUCUUACCAACCCCGGUGUUCUGAAGUAUUGAACUGCCUGAUAUUUUAAAAUAUUAUUAUGUGUUUUGCAAAAGCGCACAGUUUGGCCAUGCAGUCAUUUAGAAAAGUCAGACUGCCUUGUGUAAAACUUUGCGCUUUUUAUCAUACGGUGAUAUGUCCAUCUGAUUCUUAUCAGUAUUAUCUCAUUAUAAAUAUUAUAAACUUAUCUGCCCCAUGAUUUUUUUUUUAUGUAAAUCUCAGUUUUAAAAAAAGAUCAAAUAUCUAUAUAUCCUCAUAAAGUUUGCUCUUUUUUUCUGACCUCACCAUGCACUUCAGCUGAAGAUGUGUAAGAUUUGUGUCUUGUUACAACUCAAGAUCAAAAUGGAAUGGAUUUUAGAAGUGCUGCAGCGUUUGCUAUGUUUUCUCGUUUCCCCUCGGUUUAAUUCUCAUGCCACGUCACGUCAGUUUGGAGGUGUUGUGCAUCUGCCAGUUGUGAAAAUCCUGCUUAAAGAACAGUCCUUCAUCAGUCUUUUCAAAGCUAGUAACAAUUGUUCUUUUUUUCUGGUUGGUAUGUAGCAAAUAGGAACACCAUAGAGGCUCAGUAAAUUAGGACGAUAAUAUUUAAAUAUACACCCAAAAGCAGGAAAUAAAAGUGUAAAGGAUGUAGGCUUUGUAUGUCAUAAGGUUGAGCUUUAUCAAUAAACUAAAAUUGCAUUAGACAUUUCAUAACUGCAAUAAACAUGCAAUAAAUAUUUUACCUUUG